AAACAGAAGAAGAAGAAGAAGGAGAAGAGACCCGGAAGUGCGGCAUUACACCGGGUGCCGAACAGAGUUUUGAGUUUCUGAAGUUUGCCGAUCAGAACUGAUCCCACACACACGGAACCAUGCCUGCCGACAUUGCCAAGGGAAAGAAGUCUUUUGUCCAGAAGUGUGCCCAAUGCCACACAGUAGAAAAUGGUGGGAAGCACAAGGUCGGGCCGAACCUCUGGGGUCUGUUUGGGCGGAAGACAGGGCAGGCAGACGGCUACUCGUACACGGACGCCAACAAGAGCAAAGGAAUCACCUGGGACGAGGACACGUUGAUGGUGUACCUGGAGAACCCAAAGAAGUACAUCCCAGGAACCAAGAUGAUCUUCGCCGGCCUCAGGAAGAAGAGCGAGCGAACCGACGUCAUCGCGUACCUGAAGUCCGCCACUUCAUAAUGGCGUCCGAGACGUUGACCUACAAUGUACUUUUUCCUGUUGUUACUGCACGGGGUGUUACUAGUUCUACCGGUGGUGGGUGGCCAUUUUAAGUAUCGACCAAUAUUCCGUUUUUUAUUCGCUGGGUUCCUCUUUAAAAUAUACUACGUGUGGUGUAGGGGCUGACGUGUCCAUUACCUGAAUGCAGCAACUCCGGCCUUUGGCAUUCUAUUGCACAGCUGUAUCUGUUAUUUCUUAUGUUGACUGAGACCAAAGCCCUGGUUCUGUUGGGUAUUUUUUUAGGUGUUUUUCUCUCUCUAUAUUUACACUGUUUAUUCAUUACUGUUCUGAGAGGCCAAAAAGCUCUAUUUUUAUAUUCUAGUGCAAUACAACAUAUUUUUAUUCUGUCAAUGAUUGAUUUAAUAUCGCCUGAAAGUGCCUUGAUGGGUUUCUGUAAGGGGUCUUACACUAACUUAGGUCUACUAUUCAAAUAAAAUACAUUUCGCUAA